AUUUUUAUGCUCCUCUUUCCCACUUGCAGGAUUUUCUGAGCAGCAGUGUGCCCAGCCCUGAUGAAGCGGCGCGUGGCGGUGAUUGGCGCAGGGCUUUCGGGCCUGACCGCCAUUAAGUGCUGCCUGGAGGAGGGACUGCAGCCGGUGUGCUUCGAGCAGAGCGAUGAGAUCGGUGGUCUCUGGAGGUUCAAGGAGGAGCCUCAGGAUGGCCAGGCCAGCAUCUACCAGUCGCUGACCACCAACACAUCCAAGGAGAUGAUGUGCUACAGCGACUUCCCCUUCCCGGCACACGUUCCCAACUACCUGCACCACUCCAAGGUCCUCGAGUAUUUGCACUCGUAUGCCCGCCACUUUGACCUGCUCCGCCACAUUUGCUUCAAGACUUUGGUGCGCAGCGUGAAGAAGCGCCCUGACUUUACCCGCUCUGGCCAGUGGGAGGUGGUGACGGUUAACAGUGAGGGACUGGAGGAGUCUGCCAUUUUUGAUGGGGUGCUGGUUUGCGCUGGGCAUCACACAUACCCUCACCUGCCACUGCAGGACUUCCCAGGAGUCGAGACCUUCGAGGGGCAGUACCUCCACAGCCGAAAUUACAAACGUCCAGAGAGGUUUCAGGGCAAGAGAGUCGUAGUGAUUGGCAUGAGGAACUCUGCAGUGGACAUCGCAGUGGAGCUGAGCCGAGUCACAGAGCAGGUCUUCUUGAGCACACGUAGCGGCUCUUGGCUCAUUUCCCGUAUCGCCGGCGAUGGCUUCCCGACAGACGUCUUCUAUAACACGCGCCUCGUGAAUCUGCUCCAAAGGUUGCUGCCCUUCACUUGGGUGAACUGGCUCGCUGAGCGGCACCUCCAGCAGCGUGUCCAGCAUCGCCUCUAUGGCAUCCAACCUCGGCACAGGGCGCUCAGCAGAAUCCCCACUCUGAACGAUGAGUUGCCAAGCCGCAUCAUUUGCGGGGCGGUGGUAGUCAAGCCCAAUGUAAAGGAGCUGCGGGGCUCCAGCGUGGUCUUCGAGGAUGGCACUGUGGAGGACAGAAUUGAUGUGGUCAUCUUUGCCACCGGCUACAAAGUGUCCUUCCCCUUCCUUGAUCCCUCUCUUGUCCCCGUGUCCAAGAGCUGGAAGUGUCUGUACAAACAUGUCUUCCCUGCAGCUCUGGAGCGCCCCACGCUGGCCUUCAUCGGACUUGCCAGCCCACGUGGCUCCCUCCUGCCCGUCUGUGAGCUGCAGUCUCGCUGGUCAGCGCGGGUCAUUGCAGGGUCACAGACGCUUCCUCCUGCAAAGGUGCUGAAUGAGGACAUUGAGAAGAAGUCCAAAGUGUCCAAACUGAGGUUGGUGGCCUCACAGUGGGAAACCCCUGAGGAAGACUUCAUCUCCUACAUGGAUGAGCUGGCAGUGCAGAUUGGCGUGCGGCCCAGUGUGCCUUGGCUGUUUCUUCGGGACCCAAGGCUGGCAAAGGCUGUACUGCUGGGUCCCUGCACACCAUACCAAUACCGGCUGAGUGGGCCAGGGAAGUGGGCAGGGGCACGAGGUGCCAUCCUGACACAGUGGGCACGGAUCAAGGAGCCGCUGAGGGCACGCAGGUGUUGUGAUGACCCUCAAUCCUUCUCUGGUUUGCUCUUUGGGUUGACCGCUGCCACCGUCCUCUGUGUCGCGGUCACCUGCUAUGUCCAGUGGCAGCAUCCGGCACUGCUGCCAGGGCUGCUAAAGAUGGCUGGGCCUUUAGCAUUGUGACCUUUGGCCUCCAGUACCACCACAAGAUUGGAUCCUGCAGGCUGUUUGGUGCCCGCCGUUGUUUUAACAAUAAACUGCCAUUUGUCAGACUGACUGCUGAUCUGUGCCAUGUUUCACAUUGUGACAACUGGCUGAGCCUUGCUGAUGCCACAGCUUGAGGCACUUGUUCUCUCAGUGGGCUCAGUGCUCUCCACUUUAUGCCACAGUUACCCAGUGCCCCUGAGGUAUGUUUUGGGUUGCUCUGCUUUGCCAUGUUGGACAUGGCUUGGGUGCCCCACACCUGGUCUCUUGGCCAGUACCAUUUCCAUUUUAGGCAGGCCAGCUGCUGCAUUGACUGGCAUGAGCUUGUGGU